UGACUGAAUAAAUUUGUACUUGUCCCCUGAACGGCUACAAGAUUUGGAAGCUGAAUCAAUGUUAUCAGAUGAGUUAGAAUCCAAACCAGAGCUCCUGGUACAGUUUGUUCAGAAUACGUCCAUCCCGUUGGGACAGGGGCUAGUAGAAUCAGAAGCUAAAGACAUAACUUGCUUGUCCCUCCUUCCAGUGACUGAGGCCUCAGAAUGCGGUCGGCUAAUGUUACCAGAUGAUACUCCAAAUCACACCAGCUCUUCCAAAGAGGUCCCUUCUUCUGCUGUUCUAAGAAGCCUUCAGGUGAAUGUGGGCCCAGACGGAGAAGAAACGAGGGCUCAGGCAGUACAGAAGUCCCCGGAGUUUUUGACCACUGCAGAGUCUCCUAGCUUGUUGCAAGAUCUACAGCCAAGUGACAGCACUUCUUUUAUUCUCCUUAACCUAACAAGAACAGGUCUGGGCUCAUCUGCCGAGCACUUAGUGUUUGUACAGGAUGAAGCAGAGGAUUCAGGGAAUGAUUUUCUCUCCAGUGAGAGCACGGACAGUAGCAUCCCCUGGUUCCUGCGGGUUCAGGAGUUGGCCCAUGACAGUUUGAUUGCUGCCACUCGUGCACAACUUGCAAAGAAUGCAAAAUCCAGCAGCAAUGGAGAAAAUGUCCACCUUGGUUCUAGUGAUGGGCAACCCAAAGAUUCCGGGCCCCUUCCUCAAGUGGAAAAGAAGCUGAAAUGUACAGUUGAAGGCUGUGAUCGGACAUUUGUGUGGCCAGCUCACUACAAGUACCACCUCAAAACUCAUCGAAAUGACCGCUCCUUCAUCUGCCCUGCAGAAGGUUGUGGGAAAAGCUUCUAUGUGCUGCAGAGGCUGAAGGUGCACAUGAGGACCCACAAUGGGGAGAAGCCCUUUAUGUGCCCUGAGCCUAGCUGUGGUAAGCAGUUCACCACAGCUGGUAACCUGAAGAACCACCUGCGCAUCCACACAGGAGAGAAGCCUUUCCUUUGUGAAGCCCAAGGAUGCGGCCGAUCCUUUGCUGAGUAUUCUAGCCUCCGAAAACACCUGGUGGUUCACUCAGGAGAGAAGCCUCAUCAGUGCCAAGUCUGUGGGAAGACCUUCUCUCAGAGUGGGAGCAGGAACGUGCACAUGAGACGGCAUCACCUGCAGCUGGGGGCAGCUGGCAGUCAAGAGCAGGAGCAAGCUGCUGAGCCACUCAUGGGCAGUAGUUUGCUUGAAGAGGCUUCAGUUCCCAGUAAAAACCUGGUGUCUAUGAAUUCCCAGCCCAGCCUUGGUGGAGAGUCCUUGAACCUACCAAAUACCAAUUCUAUCCUGGGAGUUGAUGAUGAGGUGCUUGCCGAAGGAUCUCCACGUGCCCUGACUUCAGUGCCUGAUGUGACACAUCACUUGGUGACCAUGCAGUCAGGGAGGCAGUCAUACGAGGUGUCUGUCCUGACUGCGGUAAACCCGCAGGAGUUACUAAACCAAGGAGAUUGAACUGAAAGACGGACAUGAAUAUGGGUGCUGGGUCCUGGAAGAGCAGCUCUGAUCCCAGAGUGCGCGCAGUGGGACCCGGAUGCAGUGGCUUGCUGUCUGCCAUAACCAGAAUGGAUCUGUGAAGGCCAACACCACGCUUCUGCCCGUGCUCACCUGCCCUGGCAUGGAAGGUAGACGUAAGCAGGCUUCUCUUCAAACUGCCGUCUGAUCAGACAAGGAGCCAGGUGCUGGCUAUGGGCUGCCUAACUGUAGCUGCCUCUCUUCCUGCUGCAAAAUUGUGGGAUAGACAUCUCCCGGAAGUGCAUUUGAUUGUGUGUGGGCUGAGGCUGCUCCUUGGGACGGCUGAGGGGAGGUUUCCUUUGAAGCGUUUUCAGCCCACACUCAGCUCUGUUUCACAUGGAUGAACUAAGUCCUGCCACCACCCCUGGAGCUUCACCAGGAAGUCGAGCUUUCAAGAUGCCUUGUUGCUUUGAAGAAGGGAGUGAUGUCAGUCUGCUGCCAUUCUCCCUUUAGCAACCUGAGUAAGAGACUCUGCCACUGGGCUGCAAAAAAUAAAUUACUUGAAUCUCCCCUCGGCCCAGGCUAAGUACUGUCUUGCCCUGUGCACCUCUACUUGGUCACUUUGCUUCCUUCGUUUAUGAAACAUUCAGAAGCAUGUUGAGGGUUUUUUUUUAAAGUUAAAAAUCAGUGAUUCAGAGCUUCAGUUUUCCUUUUAAAUAAACAAAACAGCCCAGUGAGUUCUCUGGCUCUUAUUUUUUUAGAAAGGAAAUGUAACAAAUACAGUCCUGAAGGUCGAGCACUGACUGACCCGUAGGAUUCCGUGCA